AUGGAAAACACGGCCGAACAGCGACUUUGCGAAGAUAUUCCCAGUACGAUUAAUUCGACCGUCAGAAGCUCUAAGCAUGCCACAACUGCCUACCGAACAAGUCAACUGCCCGUUGCUUUCGUUUUUAUUCUAUGUAUUCUGCUGACUGCUACUACAACAGAGGCCAAGCCGCGGUCUAAAGUUUGUCGGGUCAGAAAUCCAGUGAUUGCGGAUCUUUUGGAAAAAGUGUGCGUGAUGUGCCACGAAAUGUAUUCACAGGACAAACCGAAUCUCCAUGCUCAUUGCCGAAAAAAUUGCUUCAAAAAUACGGUCGGUAAAAUGAAAAGAUUUGGCGGC